AUUUUCGUGACUUAUACAGACAUCGAAGUAAGGAAAGCGUGUUGUGAAGAACGAAUUUUCCAUUUAAAUACGCCUCAAGAACCUGCCAUGACGCGAAGCUGCCUUUCGUUCGUCGUCUUGCUUGUUAUACCCCUGUUCCAUUCCGGAACAUGUCGGCUGGUAAAGAAGGGUAACACUAUAUACUAUGAUGAAGAUUGCAAGCGACCAAGAUGCGUCUACCCGCAGACUUUGGUGUGUCCAACGAGCGACAAUUGCAGCUGCUACUGCAGGGAUGUUCCUUGCUACUUGCAACAGUGUCCCCAGGGUUACAAAACCAGCUGCCUAACGAAGGUUGGAUGGUGCCAGUGCAAAUGUGUCCGUGAAACUCAACGCUGCGCGGAUGCUUGGGACAAAACUUGCCUUGCUGUGUGUGUGGGAGAGAUGCCGUGCAAGUGUAACUGCGUGGGGCAAUACAAUCAGCACGAAAGACAUGAGUACAAGAAAUACGGAUAAAGUCAGAACUGUAUUUCUGAGGCUUUCGAACGCAAUGAACUGCACCAGUUUGUGUUAGGAAGGAAAUAAAACAUUUUGUUCUAAAUACUUUA